AUGGCGGCGCCGUCGCUGUGGCAGCUGGAGGACGCGGUCAUCGCGAGGCUCCGCAGCUGCGCCACGUUCGGGGACCUCCUCCGAGCGCACGGCCUCGCCGUGCGGCUGUGCCUCUCCCAGAGCAGCUACGUCGCCACCCAGAUCGUGCACAUCUGCAACGGCCACGGCCGCGCCGCGCACGCCGCGCGGGUUUUCGCCCAGGUCCCCGCCCCGAACCUCCACCUCCACAACGCCAUGAUCAAGGCCUACGCGCAGAACAACCUCCACCGCGACGCGGUCGAGGUCUACGUCCGCAUGCUCAGGUGCCUCCCGCACCCUUCUUCGAGCGGUGGCUUCUCCGUCGGCGACCGGUUCACGUACCCGUUCCUCCUCAAGGCCUGCGGCGGUCUUGCGGUUUCUCAGCUCGGCAGGCAGGUGCACGCGCACGUGGCGAGGUCUGGGUGCGAGUCACACGCCAUCGUACAGAACUCCCUGAUCGAGAUGUAUACGCGCUGCGGGGAUUUGCCGCUCGCACGCAAGGUGUUCGAUGGAAUGCGGGAGAAGGACGUGGUCUCCUGGAACACGCUCAUCUCUGCGCACGCGAGAAUGGGGCAGAUGAGGAAGGCAAAGGAAUUGUUCCAUUCGAUGCCUGACAAGACGGUGGUUUCCUGGACCGCCUUGGUGUCUGGAUACACCGCGGUUGGGGACUUCACAGGUGCAGUCGAGGUGUUCAGGCUGAUGCAGAUGGAAGGAUUCGAACCAGAUGACGUGAGCAUCGUCGCGGUGCUGCCGGCCUGUGCCCAACUUGGUGCCCUGGAGCUUGGCCGGUGGAUAUAUGCUUACUGCAACAAGCACGGCAUGCUGGGAAAGAUAUACAUUUGCAACGCGCUGAUGGAGAUGUACGCAAAGUGCGGGUGCAUCGAGGAAGCCCUGCAGCUGUUCCAUGGCAUGUCCGAGAAGGAUGUCAUCUCAUGGAGCACAGCAAUUGGUGGCCUCGCGGCACACGGGAGAGCACGCGAGGCUGUCAGGCUGUUUGAGGUGAUGGAUAGAGAAGGAAGGGUGAUGCCAAAUGGCAUCACAUUCGUGGGGCUCUUGUCGGCCUGCUCCCACGCUGGGCUCCUGGACGAAGGCCUGCGCUACUUCGAUCGAAUGAAGGAAGAUUAUGGUGUGGAACCCGGCGUCGAGCACUACGGCUGCGUCGUCGACCUCCUCGGCCGGUCAGGUCGAAUCCAACGCGCGCUCGACACCAUACGAGGCAUGCCGAUCCCUCCAGAUGGCAAGAUAUGGGGGUCGCUGCUCAGCGCGUGCCGCAGCCACGGCGACGUCGACACAGCCGCGGUGGCGGCCGAGCGGCUCGUUGAGCUGGAGCCAGGGGAUGUGGGCAACCUUCUCAUGCUGGCCAACGUGUAUGCCGCUGCGGGCCGGUGGGGCGACGUGGCGAGUACGAGGAAGGAGAUACGGAGACGGAGCACGAGGAAGACGCCUGGGUGCAGCAUGAUCGAGGUGGACAACGUGGUGCGUGAGUUCGUCGCCGGGGAGGACCUGGGGCCUGAGUUGGGAAGCAUUGCUGCUGUACUGGAUAUCCUGGCGUCGCAGCUUGCCAAUGAUGAAGAAUUAGUUGAUUCAGAUUGUGGGGGUGAUGCGAAUGUGUUUGGUAGUGGGUAG